AUGGGUCUGUACACCGAGCUUCCUGACCAUGUCCAGGAGGUUGACGUAAUCAUCGCGGGGGGUGGCACUGCCGGGUGUAUAAUUGCAUCCAGAAUAGCAGACGCAGACCCAAAUCUGAGCGUGCUGGUAGUAGAAAAAGGCCGCAACAACAACAACGAGCGCGUGAUCCGGCACCCGGCCUACUUCUUCCACAAUCUAGCUCCUGAUGGAGGGUCAGUCACCUACUAUGUCGGCAACAAAUCUGAAAACCUGGCAGGCCGUGAGGUCGCUAUUCCCACAGCCAGCAUUCUCGGUGGCGGCUCCUCUGUGAACAUGGUCAUAUACAGUCGAGCUCAACGAUCGGAUUACGACUCGUGGAAUAUGCCCGGGUGGUCUGCAGAUGACCUGCUGCCUUACAUGAGAAAGUUUGAAACAUACCACGAUGGUGCUGGCGACAGGGAACUGCACGGGCAUGAUGGCCCGAUUUCCGUGUCCAGUGGGCCAUAUCGAGUUCCCAGGGUCGAGGACGACUUCCUCGCUGCUCUCAGGGCAGCCGGCGAUUGGGAUGAGAUCAUGGACUUGGGCGACCUGGACAGUUGCAACGGCGCGCAGCGUGCAAUGCGUUAUGUAUCGCCCGAAGGAAAGAGAUCCGAUGUUGCGCAUGCAUAUCUGCAUCCCAGGCUUGAUGACGGUGCGCAUCCCAACUUGCAUGUUGUCGUUGAGUCUGAAGUGGUACGGAUUGUCCUCGACAACAAACGCGCGACAGGGAUCGUGUACAGAUCAAACGCUGCAUCUGCCAACGCCCGUCAUCGAAUUAUCAAAGCUAGGAGAGGGGUCAUCGUAACAUGUGGCACCUUUGGGACGCCACUGGUCCUAGAGCGCUCUGGCAUUGGUCAUCCCGAUAUUCUGAAGCGGGCGGGCGUCGACCUCCUUGUGGAGAUACCUGGGGUUGGCCAAGGAUAUCAAGACCAUCAAUUGGUCGGAUACCCAUACCGUUCGAGCUUAUAUGUGGAGGAGACAAUGGACGCAUUCAACACUGGACGCCUUGACAUUGAGAGUCCUGAGGGGAGCAAGGUCUUGGGAUGGAACGGCGUGGACAUCACAUGCAAGAUCCGACCUUCAGAUCGCGAUGUUGCCUCCCUGGGACCCGACUUCGAAAGGGUCUGGGAGAGGGACUUCAAGUCCAACCCAGACAAGCCGCUGGCAAUGAUGGCGGCCUUCAACGGAUUUCCUGGGGUCCCUGUCGGACUGCCUGCUGGGCAAUACUUCUCUCACUCCAUCUUCACGGUGUACCCCUAUUCUCGCGGACAUAUCCACAUCACAGGGCCAAAGCUCAGCAACAAGGCCGACUUCAACACUGGCUUUCUUGACGACGAGGAUGGCAUUGAUGUCAAAAAGUGCAGGUGGGCAUACAAAACCCAGCGCGAGAUAGCGCGCCGCCGGUCGAUAUACCGGGGUGAAGUGGCCAGUGGCCACCCCAAGUUCGCGGAUGGGUCCAAGGCAGUGGCCGUCGAGAUCGCAGAGCCUCUUGGAGGUGACAUCCAGAAUAUCGAGUACACGCCCGAAGACGACGCUGUGAUCGACAAGUGGCUGCGAGAGAAUGUUACCACGACGUGGCAUUCGCUGGGAACGUGUAAACUCGCGCCGCUUGAUCGCAUGGGCGUUGUGGACGAGAGGCUGAAUGUGCACGGCGUUGAAGGACUCAAAGUGGCCGACUUGAGCAUCGUGCCUCGUAACAUAGCAGCCCAUCCGAACAACACGGCACUGACGAUUGGGGAAAAGGCGGCCGACAUUUUCAUCGCAGACUUAGGCAUCAAAAGUCAUUAG